UCCACUAUCGCGAGUAGGUGUAAAUUCGGCGGGGUCGCCUAAAAUCAACACUUGAGUUUCUUAUUCGGUUGCAUAGAUGGUAUCAUGUAGAAGUCUUGCAUGAUGGUUCGGUCCGUGGAUUUUCGCACUUUGUUGUGGACUUUGCAAAUCCUGGUGUUGUUUCUGCCGCCUUUCCAGGGGCCGUUUGCGGUUGAGUCGGCUUCCUUCUUCGGGGCCAGUUAUCUGAAAGUUCCGCUCCAAGAUGCCCAAAGCAAAACUGAUAUUUAUCUUAGAUUUCGCACUCACAGAGCUAACGCAUUCCUAUUCCUUGCUGCCGGAUCCAGCGAUUACUGUUUGGUAGUCCUCGAAAAUGGCGAAAUUCAGGUUCGCAUCAACUUGGGAGCAGGAGAAGCUGUCUUAUCUUCCACCCCAGGACUCAGUCUGAACGAUCUUUUAUGGCAUGAAUUGGAGCUGCAUCGCACCGAUGCCGAUCUGACGCUGGUAAUUGAUAGCAUCCACGACACCUACCUUGAUAUCCCAGGUCGUUUCUUCGAAUUAAAUGUCAAGUACGGAGUCUUUAUCGGGGGUGUUGGCGGAUUCAGCGAAUUGUUUCUGGGCAACAUUCCGAAUUUCCGCGGUUGUAUAGACGAUGUCCUAUUCAAUGGCCAUGACAUUCUUAAGAUGGCGGCAGCUUCUUCCUUGACUGAUGAACACAAUGUUUUUUCCGUGACUUGGAAUUGCAGUGAUGAAUUUGAUGCUUUGUCUAAUCAACCAAUAAGCUUUGUUGAAAAAGGUUCUUUCCUUGCACUUCCAUCAUGGAAUGCCAGAAAUGGAGGUUCAAUUUCCCUUGAUGUUAAAACCCAAACUUCCACAGCUGUCCUGUUCUACAAUGCUGGAGUGCCUUUAAAACCAGAUUUCAUUGCUCUGGAAAUAUUAGACGGAAAGACAGCUGUUUCAGUUAAUGAAGGAAAUGGCGCUGUGGUGGUGCAAUCUGAUGUAGAAAUAAGCGAUGGUAUUUGGCAUCAUAUUGAUGUACAGUUUAGCCAAUCAUACAUUGAAAUCGUUGUGGAUGGACAUGCCAAAAAUUUACGACCUGGUUUGGGCGACAAUCGGUUUUUUGAUCUAGCCGGUUUAUUCUACGUUGGUGGAAUUGAACUUAACAAACAGGCUCGUGCCUUACAAGAUGGACUUCAGUCUAUUCUUAUAGAAGGUGCAGAAUCCUCCCUCAAAGGAUGUAUUAAAAACAUAAAAAUCAAUAAUCAGCUUUUGGGUUUCGGGGAAGCAGAAGUUACCCAGGGAAUCCAACCAGAUUGCACUUGGGAAUAUAUGUGCUUGCAAGAACCAUGCAUACCUGGAGCAGAAUGUUAUCAAGAUGGUGUUGACAGUUUCAGAUGUAUAUGUGAGCUCGAUAAUUGCGUUAGAGCAAAUUUUUCUUCAGGUUAUAAAUUAUACACAAAGUCUUCCAAACCAAUAGAUUUAGAAAUAUUGAACCUUCAACCUCUUGUGAUAUCUGAAGGCGGAAGCGAUUUAAUAACAGCUAACCACAUAAAAGUGAUUUUAGAUUAUCAACAGCAUGGAAUUAGGGAAACUGGAGUUCUUUUCCACAUUGUAGAAGAACCUAAACAUGGUUCUUUAGAAAUCGAAAUAUGGCGAAGGACUGCAGACAGCGUUUUCUCAUUGCAAGAUCUUAAUACUGAUAAAGUUAGGUAUUCUCAUGAUGGGUCUGAAACUAAAACUGAUUCAGUAGUCUUUGAACUGGAAUUCCGACCAAGUACUUACAGGCUUCCACCGUUUCUUGAAGAGAAGCACCGUUUUGUAUUUCAUAUUCAGGUACUGCCAGUAAACGAUCCACCGAAAUUGAAACUUCUUGCUGGUAAAAUUUUUAGAAUUGCUAAAUACACGAAGAAAGCAAUCACCAAAGAUCUCCUAGACACAGAAGACCCAGACAGUCAACCAAAAGAUAUUGUUUAUACUAUACUGAAUUUAGGAUCGCCAGAAAAUGAGGCUUCUUUUGAAAAUGCAAAGAUUCCAGGUAAAAGUACAGAUACAUUUACUCAGGCAGAUAUCAAUGAUAAUCUUAUAGCAUACAAUAAUCGAGGUGCAGGUAAUGUUCGAGUAACAGUCCGCGUUUCAGACGGUAUUCUGUCAGAUCAAUCAACAGCAACAUUCAGAAUAGUUCCUUUUGAUUUAGAAGUAACUUUACUGAAUAAUACUGGAAUAACGUUAUCUUAUGAUUCAUAUGCCUUAAUUACAUCAGAAAACUUAACAUUUGUUGAUAAUGCUCCUGACCAAAACUUAGAAAUACGAUUUGAUGUUGUCAAACAACCAACUUAUGGCAGCUUGCAGAGACUUAGAAACAAUAAUCGUUGGUACCCUGUCAAUCAUUUCACUCAAAGACAACUGAAGAAAGAAAAGCUUAGGUAUGUUCAUAACAGUGGACGACCCACCUAUGAUGAUUUUAAAUUUACAGUUUCUUCUGGUGACAUUAAAUUCCCUACUGUGUAUGAUUUCAUGGUAACAUAUAUUGCAAUCAAUUUGAAGCAAGUUUGUUAUUCUGAUCUUCAGCUUCAUAGAAAAGUGGAAGGUAUUAUUAGCGAUACAGAAUUAAAAUAUGAAACUUUCCCAGUUGCAACCCCUUCUGAUCAUAUUAUAUAUACUCUUAAGUCUCUUCCAGUUUAUGGGAACGUUAUUCUGUUUCAUUCAGCAGAUUCAGAAACACGUCAUAAGAAAUUGGAAAUUGGGUCUACUUUCACCCAAAUGGACAUAGAUUCCAAAAGAUUGAAAUAUAAACUUCAUCGAAAGAGUUACUCCAGUGUGGAAGAUGUGUUUCACUUUACAGUUUCAACUUUAAGUGGUAUAAAUUCUAAAGAAUUAGAAUUUAAGAUAAAGCACGAACCAGGCGAUAUUGAAGCUAUAAUUAUCAAUGAAAAAGUGACAGUUUUAGAGGGUGGAACUUCUAAAAUAGGACCAAGUGAACUUCACAUCGAAAUUCCAUCUAAAGCAGAGAUUAUUUACAACAUUACCUCUCCUCCUAAGCAUGGUAUUUUAAGAAGAUUGAGUGCGGACCAUAAUGAAGUUGAAGAAGAUUUUGUUAGCCUAGUGACAUCUAACGAAAUAUUGCAGAACAGGUUCGUAUAUGUUCAUAGCGACUCCGAAAAUGAAAGAGAUAUGUUUCACUUUAUAGCAUAUGCUGCAGAAAGUGACAGUGAUAGCUUUGUCUACUAUGGCACUGUUCAUAUACAUGUAAUAAUGAAGAAUGAUAAUCCACCAGUUAGAGAAAUAGAUAAAAUAUUCCAUGUUGUCCUGGAUGGUGAAAGAAAGCUGACGGGAUCUGAUUUGAAGUAUGUGGAUCCAGAUAUCGAUUCGACACCUGGAGAUAUCCAGUACACUCGCCGAGAGAUUCCAAAUGGUGCUUUAUUCCAUAUCGAUGACAUGUCAACACAGGUAUAUCAGUUUACACAAGUAGAUUUAGACACAGGUAAAAUAAAGUUUCGUCAUUCCGGGCCCCCUUACGGCAAAGCUGUAUUAAGAAUUACAGAUGGAAAGUUUUAUGCCACAGGAAUAUUGGAGAUACAAGCUUCGAAACCCUAUAUCAAUAUCACCCGCAAUACUGGACUAGUUGUAAAAAGAGGAGAAAAUAGCGUCAUAUCUGCAUCAAAUUUAACAGUUGAAACAAAUUUAGAUGCAAAUUCUGAUGAUAUAACAUAUAAAAUAACUUCAUCACCAAAAUUUGGCGAAAUUCUUCUCAAUGGCAAAUCAGUGCAUGAAUUUACACAGAAAGAUUUAUUACUAGAAAAUGUAGAAUACGAAAAUCACAACAGUGUAAGUUUUCAAGACGCAUUCAGUUUCUCGGCAUUUUUGGAUGCUAUUACUGUAGAAGGAAGAUUUGAAUUCCGCAUUUAUCCAGAUAUUUAUUGGGAGCCUUUAAAAGUUAUAACUAAUAAGACUCUUCAUGUUGAUGAAGAAAAAAUCGCGACAAUUGACGCUUCAGUAUUAAAUAUUACACAGACAAACAUCAAUACAAACAAUAUUACUUACACCGUGCAUCUACCACCAAAAUUUGGUUUUUUGGUCAUGGGUGAUGUCAGUGAUUACGAAGAUUGGAAGUCUGUUUCUAAAACAUCUCCAGCAAAAAUAUUUACUCAAUCCACCAUCAACGACAAGAAACUUCACUAUUUUCAUACAGAACAAAAUGUCUCUGAAGAUUAUUUUAUUUUCGAUGUUACAAAUGGCAUCACUUCUUUGAAGGAUCUUACAUUUCACUUUAAAAUUAUUUCAAAAAUUAUUUUCUUAAAAACGAGUAACAUCACUGUUGUAGAAGGUAGCGAAGUCCCUAUCAAAAGUAAUGAUAUCAGUGUGACAAAUCCUUACUAUGAAGAUUGGAUCACAGAGUACUUAGUCGUCGAAAAGCCUAAGCAUGGUUAUAUAUCUUAUAUAAAGAAUACGCGAUCUAAAAUUUUAAGAUUCAGUGCCUCACAUUUAAGAAGUGGAUUCAUUCAUUAUGUUCAUGAUGGAUCAGAAACAACAAGGGAUUGGUUUACAGUAGUAGCAAACGCAACAGCAUUAAACAAAGAAAGCGCACCAAGUACUGUUCAUGUUUUGGUCGAACCAAUGAAUGACGAAGCUCCUCAUAUUGUUAAUAACACCGGUCUUGAUGUGUGGGAAGGUGAUGUAACAAUAAUAACGAACAAGCAUCUUGCAGCUGCAGAUGAGGAUUCAGAUCCAUCUGACAUUACAUUUGUUAUUUCUUCUCCUAGUAAUGGCUAUGUGACUUUGAAGAAUGAUACCAAGACUCCAAUUCUGAGUUUUACUCAAGAUCAAAUUGACAGAGGAAUGAUAGCUUUCGUGCAUACAGGUGAAAAGGCUGGUGGAUUCAAGCUUCAAAUAAAUGAUGGAACUAAUUAUGAUUCACCUCAUGUAUUUACUAUUACCGCACGUGUACUUCGAAUUAUUUUAGCUACGAACGAGAAACUGAGCAUUCUUCCCCGCAUGCAGCAGUCUAUUACAAAGGAUCAUCUCUUUGUAACAACGAAUGAUCAUGACUUUACCAGAGUAAUCGAUUUCACAGUUACUCGGGGGCCUGAAUUAGGCAGACUUCUCGUCGAAAAUCCAGACGGAUCUCUAUCUCCUGUUUCAGGAUUUACUCAAGAACAAGUAAACAGGAAUCUAGUAUUAUACGAACAUACUAAACCAAUGGUGGGUUUAAAAGCUUCAGAUAUAAUAAAAUUCGAUAUCGAGACGCAAAAUGCAGAGACACUUAGAGAUGUGGAAUUUCAUAUCGAAAUAUCAGUUGGAAAUUUUGCUUCCGGAAAUCUGGAUCAAUUAGUAGUUCUCCAUACAUUAGAAGUGAAAGAAGGCGGAAUGGCUGUCAUUGGCCAAGAACACGUUGAUAUGUCACGAUUAUUCAGUUUGUGGCAAGGAAAAGGAAAAAGUGAAUUUGCAAAGAAAUUGAAAAUUAUUAUACAUUCUCCUCCUACAAAUGGGUGGAUUGAAACAGACAGUGGAAACUCUUCUUAUGUAAGCAAACUGUCUUUCAAUCGAGAGGACAUAAAGAAGAAGCGGGUGAGAUAUUAUCAUGACGAUUCGGAUACCUUCAGAGAUAGCUUUAACGUUGGAUUUUAUCUUCUAGAUGAUAAAGGUUAUCCUGAUAUUUUAUUGUUUAAUGGCACUGUAAACAUUAUUGUUCAUCCUGUCAAUGACCAUCCUUUUACCUUACAGACACAAACAGCUUCUAUUCAGAUUGUUCAAGGGCAAUCUCUUACUCUAGGACCACAUAUUUUGAAUGUGACUGAUGCAGAUGAUGUACCGAAGGAUGUAGUUUAUGAAAUACUUCAGUCUCCAUCUACUGGAAAACUGAUUAUGAAAAACACAUCCAUUAACACAUUUACUCAGGAAGAUAUUAAUAAUAAUUUGGUGCAAUAUGUUCAUGAUGGCUCCAGUGAGAAUCGGAGUGCAUUUAACUUUAAGGUCAGUGAUGGUAAGCACAAGCCAGCUUAUGGUGUUCUUGAUAUUACCAUAGUUCCUAUAAAAUUGCAUUUGAAAAACUUAAGUGCCAUCGAAGUUCAACAAGGUUCCACAGCUGCUUUCCUUAGCAGUAAGAACUUAGGUGCUGAAACUAAUGCAAACAACGAAGAAAUUUGGUAUAAUGUAACAUCCUUGCCUUCAUAUGGACACAUAUUUGUGAGUGAUAAUGUGUUACGACAAAAGGAUGUCUUCCGACAAAUUGACAUUGAUAAUGGGUUAGUGUUUUAUAUGCAAUCCGAUCUUACAGCUUCUGAGGAUUAUUUUGUAGUUUCCAUUAAGAGCGGAAGAAAUGUUCUAAAAUACCAAAUAGUGAAUAUCACAGUGAUUCCUUUGGUCAAACAAAAUAUUCUUAUUGUCAACUCUUCGGGGAUAACUUUCAUAACGGCAGAUGUUUUAAAUGCCUCUAAACUUGCACAACAAACAAAGAGUAAUCCUAAAUUUUCAGUUUUGAAAUUCCCUAAAUUAGGUGUUUUGAAAAAAAUUAACAAAUUUUCUAAGAGAAGUUUCCCAAAGAGCUUCGAAUUUACUCAUGAAGACUUACUGAACAAGAGGGUUGCUUAUGAGGGAAAGAGUAUGGAUAUUAAAGGGAAUACUGUUGAUAGCUUUGAAUAUAUUUUGACUGCCCCUCGUGUUCAACCUGCGAAAGGAAAGUUCAUUUUUACUGUUCAGCCCUCCGAAGUGGAUCUUUCAACUUCAGUCUCUACCGAAUUCGUUACUGUUGCCCUAAAGCCUCAGCCACCUCCUGUCAAACCUGACAUCACUCGAGCUGUCACUUCUGUUCCAGAAACUGAAAAUGGAGAGUUUCAACAGCCAAGCCUCAGUAAUGAUCACUUAUUGAUUGCAGGAAUUGUUCUUGGGAUUGUCAUAGUCUGUCUUGUGAUUAUCAUUGUUGUGAAAUGCCGCUCUAUUCGGAAUGAAAGAAAUAAAAAAAGAACUAAUGAAUCCUACUUUGGCCAACGUCAUGGAAAGAAUAAAACAGUGGCAGGAUCCCAUACCGCUCAGUCAGAUCUGGACCUAUCUGAUCACAAUCAUUCCAAUGGUAGCAUAUCUUUGUCGGACGAUAUUCCCCCACCGCCACCGCCUCCCACUUCUCCUUCUGGUAGUGCUGGUCACUUAGGAUGUAUAGGUGGCAAUGGCACUUCUAAAAAUAGGACGUUGAAAAAAAGGGGCAGAUGCCUUGAUGCAGAACCCUCUCUUCCACCACCUCCUUAUAUCUUAGAAAAUGGUGAGUGGACAGAAAUUAAUGUUCCCCUACCUACUUGUAAAGUAACUCCUAUUCCGCAUGGGGACGAAAUCAACGAGACUGCACUUAAAGGCCCUUAUCUUUUAAGGGAUCCAAGUGAGAGUGAGGAUUGGAGUAAUUAUGAAGGUUCUGAAUUGAGAUUUGGACCUGCUUGCAACCCUGUUCUAAGGAAGAAUCAAUAUUGGGUAUGACGCACAAGCAGAUUAGAGACUCAAUUAUAAUUUUUUAAAAAUUGUUUUUAAUACAUUUUUAUGAACUUUUAACAUUGAUCUACGCUCGAUGUUAGAAAUUACGGGAUGUGUGUUACAAUGAAUGUGCAGAUGACAAUGAUCUUAAUUAUAUGUGUUUUCGAAGUCCUAAAUGAGAGAAAUAUGUUUGUAUUUGGAUAACAUGGAACGAGAUUUUUAAUUUUAGGAAACAUGAUUUAUAAAUGAUCGCUAUGUAAAAAAUAAGCAUUAUUAAUACAUUUUAAUUUUUAGCAAACAAUAUCUUUAAAAAUUACAUGAAAAGCGUUAUGCGAAUUUUUAUUUUUUAAUUAGCCUUUGUAAUUAAAAUUUUUUAUAAGUUUUAUAAAAGUAAUAAUAUUUAAUGUCACUUCUACAUUUUCUUCCUGUAAAACAUACACUCAGAAUCGCGUAGCAUAUAUUUAAUGAUAACGUUUCAACAUCAACCCUGAAGAAAAAUUAAGUAUUAAGAGUAACACUCGUGGAGUUUGUUGUCCUAUGAAUUCGAUUACCGCUUAAUUGUUAUGUGACAUGAAAAUAACUUAUUGGAAACAGAAUUUUUCAAAAGUGAAUAAAUUUAUAACGAACGAAUUUUAGCUCAUGAAUGGUACGUUUUAUCCCUCUUGCAUCCAAUUUUGAUGAGCAGAGAUGCCUACACAGUAGAGCUUGAGUGCCAUUAGUAAGACGAGUGAAACUCGGAACAUAGUAAUUUUUCAUCAUUUUAUUUAUAUUUUUAAUUAUGAAGGAGAAAAUGCGCUAUAUAUUUUUUUGUCAUCUCUCUUAAUCGUUCCGUCUCUACGUCACUUAUCUCUGACUGUGGAAUUUGUUCCGAAAUCUGCCCAGAUGUUUGAAUUGAUGACAGUGAUUGCUUCUUUCAUUAUUACUUUCACUAAUAAAAUUUUCAAUGUAAUGAAAUUAAUUUGGAAAUUCAGAUACCCAGUCAACAACCGGUUCUUUCUUUAUUUUUUUGCUAAAUCUAUGUACGCUUUAAAAAUUCGGGAGAGUUUGUAGCUGAAAAUCAUUUUUAUGCUGUUUUAGAAGGAAAAAACUCAGAAAAAAAAUUUUCACGGGAAGGUAUCGAAUAGUAGCAAACUCUUGACAAUAUGUAGUGAAAAGCAAAGUAGCACAUCAAAUAUAGACAUAAAAAUAAGCUAAAAACUGGAAGAUUGUCUACCCUUAACUUGUUUGAAGUAAGGUAUUUAAUUUUCUACUGGAAGAAACUUUUCAUUGCAGAUUUUCCCGUUUAAUUUAAAAGAAACAAAAAAACAAUAAUGGUAAUAAUAAUAAUAAUUGACUUAUAUGUUCAUGA